AUGAAGUCAUUUUUGCUUAUGUGGAAGAUGGAACGUCUCUUCAAAAAAAUACGGCGGGAUAGCUCUUCUUCAACUCUAAGUGAACUCGUUGGUGAAGCAGUGAAAAAUCCAUUCCAAGUAGAAGCUGGAUUUGACUUGAAUGAUAUUGUUGCUGAUCCUGGACAACGAAAGCUCAUAGAAGAGUUUGACGUUUCUAUUCAGGAUAGACAAGGGUUGCCUUUUCGUGGACAUGAUGAGUCAAGUGCUUCUUUGAAUCGAGGCAAUUUUCUUGAGUUGCUCCUAUGGUUCAGUGAACAUAAUGACGUUGUUUCCAAAGUCUUGGGUGCAAAUGCUCCGGCUAAUAACCAAAUGAAUUCUCCACGAAUUCAAAAGGAUUUAGCAAAUGCUUGUGCUUCGGAGGUAACACUUGCUAUAGUCAAGGAUAUUGGACAUAAAGUUUUUACUCUUUUAGUUGAUGAGGCUCGAGACGUGUCACUGAAGGAGCAGAUGAGAGUUGUUUUAAGAUAUGUGAAUAAUGAUGGAUAUGUGAUUGAACGGAUUCUUGGGAUUGUGCACGUAACUGACACUUGUUCUCAUACUUUGAAAUCCGCUAUUGAUGAUUUAUUGGUGAAACAUAAUUUAUCUUUAUUCAAGUUGAUUAUUGUUGUUGUUGCUAAGGGCAUUAGAGUUGUGAAAGAUGUUUUUAACUAUGUCUCCAUGAUUGUGAAUAUGGUUGUUGAUUUAACUAUACAAGAGAUGGAUAAUCGGUUUCCCGAGAUUAGCACCGAAUUGCUAAGAUGCAUAUCAUGUCUUGAUUCAAGAAAUUUGUUUGCUCAAUUCAGAGAUGAUCAAAUUAUUUGUGUUGCUACUUUAUAUAACGAGGACUUCUCCCCAAGAGAAUGCUUACUUCUUUCACUUCAACUUAGCAAUUUUAUUGCUAAUGUGCGAUGUGAUCCUCAAUUUGCUAUCUUGAGCAAUUUAGGAAGUGUUGCUACGGAAAUGGUUAAAAGUGGUAAGCAUUUGGUUUUUCCGUUGGGCUAUCAGAUUAUUGAGUUGGCAUUGGUUUUACCUAUUGCUACUGCUUCUGUUGAGAGAGCAUUUUCUGCAAUGAAAAUGAUGCGAAACCGGGUAGUGCUAAACCAUGGAAAGUGA